AUGCCCCAAACCGAUGCUCAAUACUGCACGGUCGUAUGUCAAAAAAAAUAUGAACAAUGUAUUGAAAGUUGUGGUUCUUAUGGCAAUUACGUAUCAUGUCAAAAUGAUUGUCAAACUAUUGUUACAUUAUGUUAUGCCAAGUGUGAUAAG